UCCCCAUAAAUAAUAUGUCAACAAGUAGCGAACAACUGCGAUAUUCUCAGGACAUAAUAGAACACGGUCAAGAUGAUAAGGGGUAAGAACGACAUAGAGUUGUUACUGUCUCUUUUGGUAAGUUUCACAACGCUCGUGACAGCGUAAGUUCACAAUGACAGGAGCGCAUACUGCUACUUAAAACAACAUGUGGAUGAGAACUUUCUUCAAAAUGAGCCUGUUAGCCGCUGGGGCGCUGCAGUUACUAUUUUGAUACACGCUGCGAAAGGUCGCGGUUCCAAUCAGAUAUGGGCUGCGGAUUGUUUUUCUCUGCCCAAUGUCUUGUGUGCCGUCAAAGUUACUAACAUUAUGUCAGAAGAGGCGUUUACUACAAGGCCAUCACAACCAAAACAACAAGCCAUCAGCUGUACCAACAAAAAAGCUGUUGUGUUGGUUAUUCUGGUCACAGCUCCUCUUCUUCUCUAUAUCAACAUUUUGACUUCGGUAUCGCUUCGGUGGAAAACGAAUUUCACACAGUGCACCUAACCUCCAGUACUCCGACACACGACUUCCUAGACGACCCCUCGUCUUCUCCUCAGCGUCCCGACAUGCAGGUCAAGGAGCGUCUCUGGCCAUCUGGCGUCAUCCCUUACGUCAUUGACGAGACAUACCCUCGACAUGUCGCCUCUCUGAUUAAACUGGCCAUGGACGAGAUAGCAAACGCCGUGAACAGCCCAGGAGGCCCGAAGUGUAUCCAGUUCAAGCCCCACGAGACUGAGAUGAACUAUAUAGAAGUGGCCCCGGGGGAUACCUGUUCUUCGUUUGUUGGGAAUAUGCGUCGAGGUCGCCAAGAGGUCAUCGUAGGUCAAGGUUGCGAACACAAAGGUGUCAUCAUGCAUGAACUUCUUCAUGCCGUAGGUUUCUGGCACGAGCACACGCGCCCAGACAGAGAUCAGUACAUCGAUAUCCAUCUAAAUAACGUGCUCAUCUCAAAUCGCUACAAUUUCGAAGUACAAAAUCAUUCAGUAUUGACCUUGAAUUUGCCUUAUGAUUACGGCUCCAUCAUGCAUUAUUCACCGUAUGAAUUCGCCAUUAACACGACAGAACCGACAAUUACGCCAAAGAAGGAGAAAAAGACUAGGGAUAAAUUUGGACAGAGGUUAGGGUUGACUGAACUAGAUGUGAAGAAAAUACAAAGACUUUACGGCUGCGUUGAAAAUGUCAACCAAAUUGCGAAUGAUCUCCAGAAGGGUUAUACUACCUGUGCUUUCCAGGACGAUUUUUGUGUGUUUCGAAACGACGACUCAGAUGAUUUUGAUUGGAUAAUUCAGAACGGGACUAGUCAAUCAGGACCAGGAGCGGGAAAUACGAAUGGGCUAGACAACUACUUAAUUGCUGCAUCAGCCGGACACAUUGGCAAAGUCGCGCGACUCAUUAUUGCAUCACACCUAAGUGGUAGUAGUUUUUGUGUAGACUUCUACGUGUUCCAAAAUGGACCUUCCAGCUUCCUUAAGCUCGUAGCUCGUGAGCCAAGCUUGCCUGGUGUUCUUGCUGUCCGUGAGAUGAGGAACUAUUACCACAACAAAUGGUGGCAUGUUUGGACAGACGUGCGGGUCUCUCCAGGCAGGAAGUUCAGCCUCACUUUUGAGGCUCACAUAGCACAAGGGGAUGUUGCUAUUGACGACAUCAACAUUUACAAGGGCACGUGCUUGUGAAAUGUGUAUAUUUCAUUUCUUUUCUAUACUUUACUAUUAUUUUGAGAUUUAAAAAAAACAGUACAUGUCUGC